AAAACACAAACCAGGUCUUUACUACUUUCAUCAAAUCAUUUCAAUCAAUUCAUCUCAAUCUAGCAUCAUCAUCAUCAUCAUCAUCAUCAUCGUUAUAGCAAGCAAUCAUGUCUUCCAGCGAUGUUCCUUCCAAGAUGACUGCGCUCUAUUACAAAGAGCCAAGAAACUUCUCGGUCAUUCAGGCUGAUGUUCCUCAAUAUAGCGAUAACGAGGUUUUGGUCAAAGUCUUGAUGUGUGGUGUGUGUGGUACCGAUCAACACAUUCACGAAGGGGAAUUCAUCUCGAAAUUUCCUUUAAUCCCCGGUCACGAGGUGGUUGGCUCCAUUGCGGCUGUUGGCAAAAAUGUCACCAAUUUCAAGGUGGGAGAUAGAGUGGUCUGCGACAAUACCGAAGUCUGCGGUACAUGUUUCUUUUGUAAAAGAGGAAAGCCUUUGUUUUGCGAAAAUCUGGAGGCCCACGGGGUAACUCGCAAUGGCGGGUUUUCGGAAUACGUUCAAUUCGAUGCUGCCAAAGUGUUUCCGAUCAAAAAUCUCACCGACGAACAAGCUGUUUUAGUUGAACCCGCCUCUUGCGCUAUUCAUGGCCUUGACAAGAUUCGCCCUAUGCCUGGUAGCGAAUGUUUGUUGAUUGGGGCUGGCCCGACAGGCCUCAUGUUGGCUCAACUUCUCAAACAGAAUGGAGUCCAACGAGUUGUUUUGGCUGCGAAUAAAGGGAUGAAGAUGGACAUAGCGCGUAAGAUUGAGGCUGCCGAUGAAUACAUCGAUCUUGAUCGAAAAGAUGCGGCUCAACAAUGGGCUCAAUUGAAGAAAGACAACCCGCGCGGCUUUGACAUCGUAGUUGAAGCUACUGGGGUGGCUUCCAUUGUGAACGACAGUAUCAACUAUGUGCGUCGAGGUGGUACUUUGUUGGUCUAUGGAGUAUAUGAUGAUGCAGCCCGAGUGUCGUGGUCCCCUACGAAGAUCUUUGUAGAUGAAAUCAACAUCGUCGGAUCGUUUGCUCAAAUCCAUUGCUUCCCGCGAGCUGUUGCUUACCUUGAUUCUGGUAAGAUUCGGACAGAUGGAAUGGUUACCGAUAUAUUCUCAAUUGAAGAAUACCAAAAGGCGUUGGACAAGAUGGCUAGCCGACAAUGUCUCAAGCUUGCCAUUAGACCAGCUUCGAAGUCCUGAAAAGAAAGCCUUCAACAACUCGAUGGCGGCACACUGUGUUGAUUUGCGUGUGUUCGCUUGAGAGGUAUGAAGAAAAGUGAAGUGCUUGAUCGUUCAUGUUUGCAAUGUGAUCUCUUUGUAUUCUUCGUUAUACAUUUGAUAAUUGUAUCUUAGCCAAUCGUGAAAUUGCAUUCAAUUUUGUUAACUCUGCC